CACUGCAACCUCUCUCCGUAUAUACACUCAACAAGGCUCUGGCGCCUCUACCAUCUUGAUUUUCAAAUUUUCAAGAGUUAAUCUGACAGGAUUUUUGAAGCUUUGAGAACGUAGACUGAUGGGGAUGCCUCAAAGUCCUCAAGCCCUGCAACUUAAACUUUACCAGGCUUUCAUUUUUGCAAUUCCUGUACUCUUCUCUAUUAUUCUCUUCUUGUUGUUUUACUUGUUCUAUUUCAAGAGAAGGGCUUCCAGUCUCUCCUCUGUUCCAAUACUUCCAACAAUUAAAGCAUCAAAUGUUUUUGCUCAUCAACCUUGCCAGAUGGGUUGGGAUAGAGAGAUCAAAGACAAGCUUCCAAUAAUCUUAUUUGAUGAAGGACUAAGGAAAAGGGAUUCACAGUGCUGUGUUUGUCUGGGAGAAUUUGAGAUCAUAGAGGAGUUGCUCCAAGUUCCAUUAUGCAAACAUGUAUUUCAUAUUGAAUGCAUACAUCACUGGCUUCAUUCAAACACAACUUGUCCACUUUGUAGAUCCUCAGUCAUUCCUCCAACCAAGCUUUCCAACCCACCUACACCUACUGAAUCCGAAUCACAAGAGUGAGAAGGCACUGACUCCAACGAUAAUCAACUGAACAUACAUUCAGAACAACUGCAACAACAACUAGAUGGUGAUGAUGGUAGUUUCAGAUAUUGCUGAUGUAUGUAGAGGGCAGCUAGUUGUUCGAAUUGAAGGCUCAUCUAUGGCAAGUACUUCUUUAAAUAGCUCUGAAAGAUUGUCUUCUUGGGGUUCAUCUAAUCAAGAAGCAACAGUUGUUCACAAAUGAAUGUUGAAACAAAUUUAUGCUAAAACUCAAGUGGGUAUCUAAGAUGAUCUACAAUAUACACAAUUUCUGCACCAUAAAUGUAUGCUUAAUACAUUCAUAUUCUUUAAGAUUCAUCAA